AUGUCUGUCAACGUCUACACGGUCGAAUAUGCUGGCGUGCCAAACCAUGAAGCCAUUUACAUCGAGACCAAUCCUACAGCCCCUCGCAUGACCGAAGGGGGUCGCCUUUAUCACGUCACUGGAAAUUUGCUUCAAGGCAUGAAGUAUGACCCAAGAGGCUCAAUGGACCCGGAAUUCUCGGCUUCGCAUGUGCCCGGUACGAAGAAAAAGAUUGGCACGAUUACGAAAGAAAAACUGGCCAGAUUCGAAUCCGAGUGUUGCCAGGCAGUUCCAGCGCCCCGAGCCCAAUUGACACUCGGUGGCAAGCAAUUGUACCCUGGCACGCCGCUCUAUCGCUGCGGGGACUGGCUCCGCGAUGUCCAAAAGCUGGCAUUCGAAAAGGGAAUUUUCAAGCCUUAA